UGUGUGUGUGUGUGUGUGUAUAAACUCAAGUGGGGUGUGUAUGUGUGUGUGUUGUUUUAGUUUAUUUUCCUCAGUGUGGUUAGAGAACCGCUGCUGUCUGGAACUUCCAAGAAUGGCUCCAGGGUGAGUCUUAGCUUCAAUGAAAGCCUUAAGCUUCACAAGUGUUAGUAAUGGGUCGCACAGCUUCAUUCGCUUUGAUAAUUAACACGAGAGGCUUGUUUUUAAAACGGGCUGGGGGUGUAGCUCAUCAAAAUAGGUAUUUGCCUACCAUUCUUAAAGGUCCUGGGUUUGAAUUCAAGCCCCACAAACUUAAUUUUUAUUUCUCCUCCUUCUUAGUUAGUUUACAGUGGAAUUGGUGUGGAGAUGUUGGAAUUUCAGAGUAGGCCAUAAUUUAAAAGGCAAACAAAGCCUCCAGCCUACCUUGGCCUCAUAGCCACAUAAGCUGCCAACCCCUAAGCAGGCACAGUUGUCUUUUGGGCUAAGUACUCCUAAAUUGGCUUACGGAGAAAGGAAACACUGUGUUUGGUAAAGCUAGUUCAGUGAAGAAAGUCAUGUAAUUCCUUUCUUUUGAUUGCUAGUAUGGCCCCUGUUCGUGGCCUAUAGAGGAAGAGGAGGAAAUGAUCUGGUAGGAUUGAAACACAGUCUACAUCCCAGCUUGUGAGACGCUCUGCAGUGGACGUCCCUGCCAUCUCAGUAUCGCAUUCGCUUAUAUUGCCCUUGGGCUACAUCCUACUCCAGUAUCAGUUGCUCUGGCCCCAGUCUUUUAGCUUUGUGCUUCUGAUUGGGUUGUCAUCCAUGCUGUGAGGGAGCUCAACUUGCAGCAGCUAGCUUGAUUUAUUAUUUUCCAAUUUGGAUACUAGGUGAUAAGAGCAUAGUUAUGACAGGUAAUUGGGCUUAACAAGAAAUGAUUUGGGAAUAACCAUUAAUAAAUCACCGAAAUGGUUAAUUUGCACCUCCCCAAACUAGCUCAAAAUCCCAGUAGUGCCUGCUCAUUAAAAAUGCAUUAGUAUAAUUACUUCUGUUUUUGAAAACCUCAGUCAUAUGGCUGCAUUGGUGGCCCUAAAUUUGUAAUGACUUGGGGUAAAGCAACAGGGGUGUCUGGCUUUAUCUUUAAAUACCACUGACCCUAUUCAGAGUCUUGCUGAGAGCAACUUUAAUUAUUUUAGGAAAAGCCAAUGAAACGUGACCAAUGUAGCAGAAGAGGAUGCCAGCUUGAACCCGUGUCACACUUAUAGCCUCAGUAACUAAAUAACAGGAGUUAGAGUCAAGUUGCCAUCAGGUAGUUAAUCACAGAAUCUAAAUUGCCAGUCCUUGGGUAUGAUUAUGCUGUCUGCUGUCUUUCCUCUAGAUGUGUGUGGACACAUGGAAGAGAGAGGAAUAAGACUCUCUUUAAGUUAGCUUUUUUUCUGUACCUCACCUGUGUGCCGAGCAUGUAUGCAGACAGUGCGCUUGUGUAAGUGCUAAGCACAAGGGAUGAUGUGUGUAUGGAGAGAACAUUGUUUCUUCUUCUUGUUGUUGUUCUAAGAAACCUGCCUCAAAUGUUUAAGUUGCUUUACUGGGCUUUUGGGGAACACGGAGGUAGAGUGGCUUUCAAGCACUGUAAAACAGCUGUGACCUGGAGUACUUUCUUGGUUCCUAAUAGUUUUCCUUUUCCUGCAGGUAUAGACCUCUCUGUGUUUUCUUCCUCCUUUUCUUGUUUCUUAGCAACUUGCUCAAACCUCCAGUACGUAAAAGAAUCUGCAACCCAUCAACUCCACACCCAUAGCUGUGUAGGGCCUUGGAACAUUUGUAGAGAAUAGUGAAGGCUCAGUGCUGUUGGUAGCUGAAUUGGGCAGAGGCAGAGGCAGCAGCAAUGUGGUAGGGGUAAACCUCCUAGAGAGCCAGCAAUCUGAAUGCUGCCUAAGGUCUUUACAAGCUCUGGUACCUUCAGGGACACUUUGUACAGAGGGCAGGUGGGAAAUUUACCAUGGAGGGAAAAGGCGCUUUGUGAGAAAACAAGGCUAAGGCUACAAGGAGUCCUCACUUCACAUGGGAGCCAGAUUCGGAGUAGCCAUGUUGUGGAAAGGCCUAACUUGGUUCCAGAGUGUCAGGCUUUCUAUUCACAUAGAUUAUUUCUGCGUGGACGCAUAGUCUGUGGUUGUGCACACUGCCAGCUUGGUAAUCCAUAGUGACAAAUAUUCCUGAGAAUUCUUCUUGGUGGAGCUUUAGAGACAUACCCCUAACUAGCCCAAGGUUUUAGGAUUCAAACUGUUCCCAAGUGACAUUUGGCUCCAGCCCUUAAAUCUACUUUAACAAUAAUGAGAACAAAAUAAACUUUUCUUCCAAGGGCUGGAAGAUGUAUCUGGAGGCAUGAAAGUGAGGACUCUGACAGGAUGGGGAGGGAGGUGAGUCUUGGGCUCAGAAAACUGGUGUUGCUAGGUUACUGCUUGGCCCACAGCAGCCCCUUGGUCCUUACUCAUAGUGUCAGUAACAUCUCUCUCUGGAGCAGCAUGUGGACUGGGAAGACAUUCCCAGGGUGGCUCCUAGUGGUUAAAGGGGGCAUGUAAAUAAUCAAACUGAGCCCUCUACCAGCUCAGCCUAGUUUUUAUGCACUUUUGGUAAAUCAGUAGAAAGGCUUCUUGUUUGGGCUUGCUCUGUGUGAACUGGACGGUUGUGCUUGGCUGGCUCCCUGGUAUUCUAUCUAUUAACCUCACCACCCUUUUGUAACUGGUGCAUUUAAUUAUCAGUGGGAUGCCUUUCAAACAGGUAAGGGUAAUGAUGGGAAAGGGGUUAGGGGCCUCUCAUUGAGAGCCUGCAAUCUGGGUAUGAGCUCUGGGGCCCCUUGGUGAGUCUUUGAGGUGGGCUUUGAUGAGAAAAUCACUCUUUGUGGCCAGAUCACACUCUAUUGACAUGUCAAAUCCUGCAAAAAUGGUCGCUUUCUGUGGCUGGAGCCUCAGCUUGCAUGCACGAGGGGAGUGGUCUUUUUUUCCACCCCUCACCUUGCCAAAACCCUAAAAGACAGGAAUUGUGUGUGCCCACACAUGGACUCUCUGAACUCGUUUUUUGUUUCCCAUGUUUUGUGACUGGAAUAUUUUAUACUCUGGCCACCCAGACUCAGGCAGGACAAUAGAGUUGGCUGGACUGACUGAAGUGCGGAUUACAGAGAAGAAUGGGGCCUCUCCAGAAAUACUGCUAAUACAGGACAAGUGACAGGAAGCAACAGUUGAGUCAGCAGAGCGCAUGCAGGGCCCCUGACAGACCUGGGGCCAGCAGGCUGUGUACAAUGGCUGUGUUGGCACUCGGGACAUUCUCAGGAUGUGCAUGCCUCUGGCGGGCCUGCCUGUCGCAGCGGUCUGGGGUUUUGGACUCCCCACGCGUGCCAUUUGGAUGGCGGUUUGUUUGUGUCGGUCAGCUUGGCAGGAGGGGAGGCAGCCGCUUCUUAGGGCUUGGUUUGGCUACCACUGUUGCCAGGAAAAGGAAGCUCCCAGCUGCCAACACAAUCACCUUUGUUUCUUACAUCCCCCCCUGUUUAAUGUGGCAAUUAAGUGCUUACUGCUUUGCCCAGUGCCAAGGUAACCUCCAUAGAGUGGAGCAGGACAAAGAAUGAACCCUAGACCAGCAGCUCAAGUGUGGAGAAUAGGAGGAGGAGGAGGUGCCUGGUGGCCCAGCCUUGGUAAGGUGACCCUGUGACCGUGGUAUACCUGGAGGGCUUUGAUGCCAAGGUAAAAUUGUAUGGAAAUCUCCCAAAAGUCCGUUCUGAAAGCUGACCAGUACUUUUGACGCUUCACAAGCAUGGAAGCCAGCCACCUUACUGCCAGAUGUCCUUGAGCCUCAAGCUGGGAAGGGGCAGAAGUGACUCACUUGCAAAUCCAGAUGGAUGAUCUGGUAACUAUCGUGUGUCUCUUGUUUUGCCUCUCAGACAACUACUCUGGGAAGACUCAGGACAAAAUAUGAAAUCUGAGUAAUUCAUCAAAAAUUUCUUUUAUUGUUUGAACUACAGCAAAACUCAGGAUUUGCUUGUUGUUUGCUUUUUUGGGUGUAAAGUUAAGAUCAAGGAAAACUUGCCUUUUGAAGCCCCUUACAAACUCCCAUAGGACUGGGGACUUGGCCUCUGCUGAGGAUGGGUUUUGUAGCAUCCAAUCCCAUGUGGGUGAUUUGUGGCUGGGUGGCAUGAGGUCCACAUGGUCUAAAAUCUCAGUGUCCGGACAUAUAGCUGGGGAUGUACAGAGGUCAAGCGUGGGCCUGGGAAAAAUUAAAGCUCCCUAGCAACUAAUAAUCAUUGCCAAAUUAUCUUGAUUGUUGAUCUAUAGUGUGGGGAUGGAGUGGGAGGGAAGAAUGCCUCUUAAUAGAAGCCUUGGAGGGAAUCCUUUCUCUAAAGGCAGGGCACCCAUGCCCCAGGAAACCUGGAACUCCAAUGCAUGCUUUCAAGAGAAAGCAAAGUCCAGGCUUGGCUAGUCUCUCUCCACGCCCUUACCCUUAUUCUAGCCCACCUUCAACCCCCAAAAGGAAGGCACUUGAUUAGGGGAAAAUACUGCCAGCCCAUGGGGCUGUGGGACAUUUCUUUUCCAUCCAGCUGGGGUAGUGUUGGUCAGCAACUUUUGAGUCCAAGACGAACCUGGCAGAUGGCUUGAUCUUACAAGUUCUUGUGCAAGGUCUAAGGAUGCCUUCUGCCUUGAGAAUGAAGCUGAGUUAAUACUGCUGUGCCAGCUGGUUCCAAGGCACCUUCCUUUGCAGUGGUGUUUGUGGGUAUGAUGUGUGUUUAGUGCUUGUGCAAGUCUGUCAAAACUCUUGGUAUCAAUGCAUUUAGUCAGAGGAUUAAUUACAGCGAUAUUGUUGAAGUGAAGGAUGUGGGCCUCAACGUGACCAACAAAUGAAGGGCUUAAUUAUACAGAAUCAGCCACACAUCUGGCCUCAUUUCGACUUGGCUCUCACUGUGAACCAGUAGAGAAAUAUAAUUUCUUACUGCUCUUCGGGAAGAGUCCUAUAAUUUGUAGGAAGUCCUAGGGAACUUAAAGAGGCUGUAAAUAAGGUGUAACUUUCACUAAUAAAAUAUUAACGACAAUAACAAUGUAUUCGGACCUACAACCACUAACAGGAGAGCGUGAGGUAUGUGUCCUGGCUUGCCCGGUUUUGCUUGCUUUGUGAGCAUUUUCCCACAGUUAUCAGUGAACGAAAUGGAAUCCUGCUGUAAGUAUGAAGCAUAUUUAGGCUGAAUUCCAAAGCAGGGGCCUAUCACAAGAUAUUUUUGUCGUCAGAGCAGACCUGCUGUGUCACCGAGAGAGGAGUGAGCUUCCUUGAUUUAUGAAUGAAACCUCCUGCUUUUCUCUCAUGCCUUUCCCCUAUCGGUGCCAUCUCUUCCCCUGGCAGCAGUGUUUUCUGGUGGCAUUGUGGUUAUCUGAGCAACAGAAGCAUUGUGGCAGGCAGAGCAGCGCUGCACAAACCUGUUGCAGUCCUGUUUCUCCGCUGUAUUUCUCCAGCACCCAGAUAGGCUUAGCAAGAUUCACCUCAAUGCCUGUUGUAAGUGAAGGUUGGAGUAAAAGUGGAAAUUUGCUAAUGGUUUGGGUCUUGGGGUGAAGCGGAGAUGGGGUUCAGAGACAUGCUUAGAAGAUUAAAAAAAAAAAACAGGUUUCAGUAGGAUAACUGGCAUCUUGCCAGCCUCCAGGGAAUUGUUUAGUUACUGAACUGAUUAUUCCAGGAAUGUUAGAUCUUAUUGACAGAUACAUUCAUCAAUAAACAUAACCCAUGGGUGUGCGGUGCCCGUCUCCUUUGUGCUUUCUCCCACAGACAGCCACAACCCACCCCACCAUGGAAGCUAGGUUGCUGCCUUUGUCUUAAGUCUUUGAGCCUUACCCCUCCUUUUUUCCUAGAGUCACCUGAUACUUGUGGGAGCUGGGAUGGUCUCACACAGACAGGGCUUUCAAAGGGGUUCUGAAAAGGAAAAGGGGGCCUCCCUGGGGACUGCUCCACCAGGGCCCAAAGCGUAACCUUAGCAGUUCUCUCUCAGGACAAAUACCUGAGUAGGUUGGCUUGGGAUAAAUUCUUUGUGUGGGUUUUUUUCUCAUGCACUAAGACUAGGGACUGAAAAGUUUUGGGAAACCUAUAUGCUACGUGUUCCCAUAUAGGCAGGUACUACUUUCUGAUCAGGGUUUGGAGCAGCUUGGCUUGCUGGGUGUGAGCCCCAGUGUUCCCCUGCCAGGUGAAAGGAGUUAUUUGUCAACCUGUGAAGAGCGCUGCAGCGAGAAGAGAGGUCCUACACUUUGCUGGUGGAGGCCUGGGAUUCCAGUAAUGACACUAUUCAACCUGAUAGCAUAAUUGAAAAGGCUUCUCACUCAGGCAUGAUAAACCCUAGCCGGCAAUGGCAGACACUGAAACAAAACACAGGGAUUGCCCACUUCGAGUAUCAGAUCCGAGUGACCUGUGAUGACCACUACUAUGGCUUUGGCUGCAAUAAGUUCUGUCGUCCCAGAGAUGACUUCUUUGGACAUUAUGCCUGUGACCAGAACGGCAACAAAACUUGCAUGGAAGGCUGGAUGGGUCCUGAUUGCAACAAAGCUAUCUGCCGACAGGGCUGCAGUCCCAAGCAUGGGUCUUGUAAACUUCCAGGUGACUGCAGGUGCCAGUACGGUUGGCAGGGCCUGUACUGCGACAAGUGCAUCCCGCACCCAGGAUGUGUCCACGGCACCUGCAAUGAACCCUGGCAGUGCCUCUGUGAGACCAACUGGGGUGGACAGCUCUGUGACAAAGAUCUGAAUUACUGUGGGACUCAUCAGCCCUGUCUCAACCGGGGAACAUGUAGCAACACUGGGCCUGACAAAUACCAGUGCUCCUGCCCAGAGGGCUACUCGGGCCCCAACUGUGAAAUUGCUGAGCAUGCUUGUCUCUCUGACCCCUGCCAUAACCGAGGCAGCUGCAAGGAGACCUCCUCAGGCUUUGAGUGUGAGUGUUCUCCAGGCUGGACUGGCCCCACGUGUUCCACAAACAUCGAUGACUGUUCUCCAAAUAACUGUUCCCAUGGGGGCACCUGCCAGGAUCUGGUGAAUGGAUUCAAGUGUGUGUGCCCGCCCCAGUGGACUGGCAAGACUUGUCAGUUAGAUGCAAAUGAGUGCGAGGCCAAACCUUGUGUAAAUGCCAGAUCCUGUAAGAAUCUGAUUGCCAGCUACUACUGUGAUUGCCUUCCUGGCUGGAUGGGUCAGAACUGUGACAUAAAUAUCAAUGACUGCCUUGGCCAGUGUCAGAAUGACGCCUCCUGUCGGGAUUUGGUUAAUGGUUAUCGCUGUAUCUGUCCACCUGGCUAUGCAGGCGAUCACUGUGAGAGAGACAUCGAUGAGUGUGCUAGCAACCCCUGCUUGAAUGGGGGUCACUGUCAGAAUGAAAUCAACAGAUUCCAGUGUCUCUGUCCCACUGGUUUCUCUGGAAACCUCUGUCAGCUGGACAUCGAUUACUGCGAGCCCAACCCUUGCCAGAAUGGCGCCCAGUGCUACAAUCGUGCCAGUGACUAUUUCUGCAAGUGCCCCGAGGACUAUGAGGGCAAGAACUGCUCACACCUGAAAGACCACUGCCGUACCACCACCUGCGAAGUGAUUGACAGCUGCACUGUGGCCAUGGCCUCCAACGACACGCCUGAAGGGGUGCGGUAUAUCUCUUCUAACGUCUGUGGUCCCCAUGGGAAGUGCAAGAGCCAGUCGGGAGGCAAAUUCACCUGUGACUGUAACAAAGGCUUCACCGGCACCUACUGCCAUGAAAAUAUCAACGACUGCGAGAGCAACCCCUGUAAAAACGGUGGCACCUGCAUCGAUGGCGUUAACUCCUACAAGUGUAUCUGUAGUGACGGCUGGGAGGGAGCGCACUGUGAGAACAACAUAAAUGACUGUAGCCAGAACCCUUGUCACUACGGGGGUACAUGUCGAGACCUGGUCAAUGACUUUUACUGUGACUGCAAAAAUGGCUGGAAAGGAAAGACUUGCCAUUCCCGUGACAGCCAGUGUGACGAAGCCACGUGUAAUAAUGGUGGUACCUGCUAUGAUGAAGUGGACACGUUUAAGUGCAUGUGUCCCGGUGGCUGGGAAGGAACAACCUGUAAUAUAGCUAGAAACAGUAGCUGCCUGCCGAACCCCUGUCAUAAUGGAGGUACCUGCGUGGUCAAUGGAGACUCCUUCACCUGUGUCUGCAAAGAAGGCUGGGAGGGGCCUAUUUGUACUCAAAAUACCAACGACUGCAGUCCCCAUCCUUGUUACAAUAGCGGGACCUGUGUGGACGGAGACAACUGGUAUCGGUGCGAAUGUGCCCCGGGUUUUGCUGGGCCAGACUGCAGGAUAAACAUCAAUGAGUGCCAGUCUUCCCCUUGUGCCUUUGGGGCCACCUGUGUGGAUGAGAUCAAUGGCUACCAGUGUAUCUGCCCUCCAGGACAUAGUGGUGCCAAGUGCCAUGAAGUUUCAGGGCGAUCUUGCAUCACCAUGGGGAGAGUGAUACUUGAUGGGGCCAAGUGGGAUGAUGACUGUAACACCUGCCAGUGCCUGAAUGGACGGGUGGCCUGCUCCAAGGUCUGGUGUGGCCCGAGACCUUGCAGGCUCCACAAAAGCCACAAUGAGUGCCCCAGUGGGCAGAGCUGCAUCCCGGUCCUGGAUGACCAGUGUUUCGUGCGCCCCUGCACUGGUGUUGGCGAGUGUCGGUCCUCCAGCCUCCAGCCAGUGAAGACCAAGUGCACAUCUGACUCCUAUUACCAGGAUAACUGUGCAAACAUCACUUUCACCUUUAACAAAGAGAUGAUGUCUCCAGGUCUUACCACCGAACACAUUUGCAGCGAAUUGAGGAAUUUGAAUAUCCUGAAGAAUGUUUCUGCUGAAUAUUCGAUCUACAUAGCCUGUGAGCCUUCCCUGUCAGCAAACAAUGAAAUACACGUGGCCAUCUCUGCAGAAGACAUCCGGGAUGAUGGGAACCCUGUCAAGGAAAUUACCGAUAAAAUAAUAGAUCUCGUUAGUAAACGGGAUGGAAACAGCUCACUUAUUGCUGCGGUUGCAGAAGUCAGAGUUCAGAGGCGUCCUCUGAAAAACAGAACAGAUUUCCUGGUUCCUCUGCUGAGCUCUGUCUUAACAGUGGCUUGGGUCUGUUGCUUGGUGACAGCCUUCUACUGGUGUGUAAGGAAGCGGCGGAAGCCCAGCAGCCACACUCACUCCGCCCCCGAGGACAACACCACCAACAAUGUGCGGGAGCAGCUGAACCAAAUCAAAAACCCCAUCGAGAAACACGGAGCCAACACGGUCCCCAUUAAGGAUUACGAGAACAAAAACUCGAAAAUGUCAAAAAUCAGGACACACAACUCGGAAGUGGAGGAGGAUGACAUGGAUAAACACCAGCAGAAAGUCCGCUUUGCCAAACAGCCAGUGUAUACGCUGGUAGACAGAGAGGAGAAGGCCCCCAGCGGCACGCCGACAAAACACCCGAACUGGACAAAUAAACAGGACAACAGAGACUUGGAAAGUGCCCAGAGCUUGAACCGGAUGGAAUACAUCGUAUAGCAGACAGUGGGCUGCCGCCAUAGGUAGAGUUUGAGGGCACCGCGGGGCUUGUAGUUUCUUUAAACUGUUGUCCUAUUCCAGUCUGAGGCUGUUGUUGACUUAGAAUCCUGUGUUAAUUUAAGUUUCGACAAGCUGGCUUCCACUGGCACUGGUAGUUUCUGUGGUUGGCUGGGAAAUUGAGUGCAGCGCUCUCACAGCUAUGCAAAAACUAGUGAAUGUGCCCUGGUGUCCAUUCCCCUGCCGCAGACACAUCGGGCUCCCAGGAGCUGCCCAGCCCUAGGCCUGGAGCUUCCACAUCUGCCAGCGGUCCUAAUGGUGAUGGCAGCCUUAGGAUCAUAGUUUUAUUUAUAUUUAUUGACUCUUGAGUUGUUUUUGUAUAUUGGUUUUAUGAUGACGUUCGAGUAGUUCUGUAUUUGAAAGUGCCUUUGCAGCUCAGAACCACAGCAACUAUCACAAAUGACUUUAUUAUUUAUUUUUUUUUAUUGUAUUUUUGUUGUUGGGGGAGGGGGGAUUUGAUGUCAGCAGUUGCUGGUAAAAUGAAGAAUUUAAAGAGGAAAAAUGUGUCAAAGUAGAAUUUUUGUAUAGUUAUGUAAAUAAUUCUUUUUUUAUUAAUCACUGUGUAUAUUUGAUUUAUUAACUUAAUAAUCAAGAGCCUUAAAACAUCAUUCCUUUUUAUUUAUAUGUAUGUGUUUAGAAUUGAAGGUUUUUGAUAGUGUUGUAAGCAUAUGACUCUUUUUUUUGUGAACUUUUCUCAUAACGUGUUGCCUGUAAGCCAAAAUUAAGGUGUUUGGAAAUAGUUUCUCUUGAAAGGAUGGGAUAGGCUUUUUCCCCUGGGAAUACUGAUGGAAUUUUUUUUUUUUUUUUUUUUUUUGUACGACGUCAGGUGUUGAAACACUUCCUUGAUAGCAUCACUUUAAGUUUAAGACACAUUUUAAGGACUGACUGAGGCAGAUUAAGAAUUGCUCUAGAACAGGUUUCUUUCUUUCUUUUUUUUUUUUUUUUCCUCUUUCUUUCCUGCUUUAGACUUGAAAAGAGACAGGCAGGCGAUCUGCUACAGAGCAGUCAGUUUUAAGGGAACAGACUGAGCUAUAUGACUUAUGUAGCCAGAAAGUGACUGGUUGAAUCUCAUUACAAAUAUCAAAUUAAUUGUGUGAAGUUGGAAGCAUCCCAAUCUUACUUUGUAAAUUCUGAUUUAUUUUCACCAUUCGUUAUGUAAUGCUGAACCACUUGUAGACUUGAUUUCGUUGUUGUUGUCUACUGCAUUUAGGGAGUAUUCUCAUAAGCUAGUUGAAUACUUGAACCGUAAAAUGUCCAGUUAGAUCACUGUUUAGAUUUGCCGUAGAGUACACUGCCUGCCUUAAGUGAGGAAAUCAAAGUGCUAUUACCAAGCUCAAGAUCAAAAAAAAGGCUUAUAAAACAGAGUGAUCCAGGUUCACCACCGGGACUGGGGAGAUACUUGGUGUUUGUUCUAUUAGUGUUAUAUGAACAGAAAAUACAUCUUUGAUGUGUUGUUCCUGGCAAUAAAUUUUGAAAAGUAAUAUUUAUUAAAUUUUUUGUAUGAAAACAUG